CUCAUGGUGCGCCAUACCCAUGAAGAUGUUGACCAGAUGUUCUCCAGAUUGUCUGUACAUUUAUCUAGGAUGGCAGUACCAACUCUCUCAAGACUCCAGGAAUUGGUGCAGGAAGCAUACAGUCCUAUACCAACAGUACACCACCUUGACAAUCUUUGGGAUUACAGGCAGCUGGGGAUCCAGGCACCUGUCUAUUUGAAUGGCCACAGCACCCCCCCCCCCCCCCCCCACACACACACUUUUAGAUUUACAAAGGUCAGAGAUGAUGUCCAGAUGUCGUAUAAGGAAUGGCCACUGAAGUCCACCGCCUACCAAUCGAUUACAGUCAAUGACCUGGCUAAGGCAUUUGAUGGUGAACCAUAUCCCAUUCAGCAAGUCACAGACAAAGGGGAGAGGGUGUUUGUUGCGAUGGAAGAAGAUCUGAGGAAAUGGAGAGAUGGUGGAAAGCUCAGUGAUGGCCAUGUGAGCUGGUGGCGGGAACACCUUCAGAGGGAAAGAAGAUUUCCUAUCCCAAGGAUCCCAAGGAUCCCAAGGGCCAGCUCCUUUGAACCUCAUUUGAGAGUCUACGAGAACACUGUUUCACUGCCUGCUAUAGAGGUUCUAGACAACCAUAUUUCCAGUUUCAGGAAACAGCUGUCACAGGUAAAAUAUUGGGAAAAUUGUGAAUCCCUAUCAGAUCCAGAGGGUGAAGAGGACAUCUAUGAAUUAACUGAACAAGAAAUAUUAGCUGAUAUAAAAGAAGGAAAUCUUACCUUCACAGACUCAGAAACCACAAAACCUUCAUCAGUGCUGGAUCAUUCCUACUCAUUACAAAAUUAA